CAUCAGUGUUGAGCCAGGGCUGGCUCCGCUCUUAUUGUGAAAGGUGCGACCGGAAGCCGCUGGUCCCUCUCAGCAUCCUCUCCUCCAGCAGCCAGAGCCGCAUCCCGGGAACAUGGACGACGUCCCGCCGAUCAUCAGCAUCCAGGUCGCGCUCCGGAUCCAGCCGAACGACGGGCCCGUCUUCUUCAAGGUGGACGGAACCCGGUUCGGCCAGAGCCGAACCAUCAAGCUGCUGACGGGAUCCAAGUACCGGGUCGAGGUGGCGGUGAAGCCCGGAGCCCUGGAGGCCACCAACAUGAACAUCGGAGGAAUCGUGUUCCCUCUGGAGCAGCAGUCCAGAGACGAGGAGUCGGUGGUUUACCACGGGCGCUACGACACCGAGGGCGUCCCACACACCAAGAGCGGAGACCGCCAGCCCAUCCAAGUCAGCAUAGAGUUCAACAAGGCCGGGUCGUUCGAGACGGUCUGGCAGGUCAAGUUCUACAACUACUACAAGCGGGAGCACUGCCAGUUCGGCAACAAGUUCAGCAACAUCGAGUACGAGUGCAAACCCAACGAGACCCGGACCCUGAUGUGGAUCAACAAGGAGGUCUUCAACUGAGCCGGACCAGAACCGCUCCCCGUUCCUCUGCCCCGCCAGAACCGGCUGCUCUUCAGCUGAACACUGGGUCCGGUUCUGAGACUGGGUCCGGAGCAGAACCGGUUUGCAUCUGUUCACUAAAGACCAGAAUGAAGAGCGGUUCUGUUUAAAGGUUCUGAUCCAGUCCUACAUGGUUUACUUCAAUGCAGCCAAAUUAAACUGGUCAAACUGGUCCGGUUGUCCAGAUUCAGUCCAUCCCACCCCCACCAGAACCGGGACAUCUGAGCCGGAUUGGGCUCAUGUUUGAUUUAUCUGGCUGCUUGGAAGGAAAACCCGGGCCAGAUCAGAACUUUGGACCAGGACCGGAUCCGUUUGAGUGUUCUGAUUGUGUUCUGUUUGUUUUUGUUUCAUUGAGAAACUUUGAGUCCAGUCGGACUUGUGUGGGACUACUUUCAGCAGCGGAGGAAUCCGUCAUCUGCUGAGAGGAGGACUUCCUCUUCUUCUUCUGUGGUUUUCUCCUCCUGCGGCGCUUCUCUCUGCUGCAGCCGCUGAUUUCAUAGAAUCAUUUUGCCAAAUCUGAAAUGUUGCUUCUUGUUUUGUAUUCAUCCGUAGCCGUGAAUAAAGCCGAGUUCUGGA